AUUCAGAGGAUAGAGUUAUUAAUGUUAGCAAAGCCUUGACAUUUACUACAAGAGAUGUUCUGAUAGCAUGUCAAGGCUACUUUGUAGAAAAAUAUCAUUCUAUACACAUGGUGAUCUUUUCUGUGGAAAAAGUUGAAGCGAUCAAAGUGCAGGUGGUUUUUUCAAGGUGCUCAGUAUUCUGCCUUUGUGAAGUCCUAAAUGGGCAGGUCCUGGUUACACAGCACAAACUGGAGCUCAACCAGGCCUUUCUGGGCUCACAAAAGGCUUUCAAUCAGUCUACACACACUUGUUUAAAUUACUGCCAUGUGUAUCACCUGCUGUUAAAAUAUAUGAACAGUUACAGCUUUUAUCUGAAAAAUGGAUUUUCAGAAAGUGUCUGGACAAAUGCGCUUCACACAAUGUGUGAACUGAAUGUCAAAGAUCACAAAAGAGGAAUGAACUGUGUGCACUUCGAAGUUAACAUUGUCUUGGCUGCAGAGGACCAGGUGGAUAUCACAGAUAAACUGUGCAUGGAAACUGGGGCCUGGUUUAUGCCAGCUAACUUUACUGAAACGUAUGAGUCUAAUCUGUCAAGGCUCACUAUGUUUUUACCUGGUGUGAAACUAUCUGGGCCAGCAGUAAAAGCUCUCAUUGGUACCUUCCCCAGGCAGACAGAUGACUGGACCAUACCUUCCUUGAUCUGUGUGUGUACUAAGUGCACUAUGUGUUGCAAGCUUGUACAGUCGCUCCACAGAUCUGUGUGUAUGAUCUCCCUCGUGAAGGGAAAUGGUGAUAGCUGCACUUACAAUCACCGUGCUGAGCUUUAUCAGUUCAUAUGGCGAUGUCGAGUGGAGAAACAGAGAGAUUUGAACCAAAUAGCUAAAAGCUGCUUCAGAUCAAAUAUGCUCACCUGCACAGACAUGUGGAAGCAUAAAGAAAUCAGUCCACUACAAUGGCAGAUUUGCACUCAACUGUUCAGCAGAGGCCUGUCUCACCAGUGGAUUAUGAGAGUGCUGCUAAUCACCAUUUCUCUGUUUUUAAUUGGUCAGACUGCAGUUGUGACAUAUAUGAGGUAUACACAAAGAUAUGUUUUUACCCAAAGAGGCAGGAAUUCCAAUCUAAGUUUUAUGCUGCUCAUCUCAUGGUGCUCUUUGAGUCCGAUUACUGUUGCUGGACAGUCAAGUGGUUGUUCCUGCAAACUUCACCACACAGCAUUUGGGAUCACAUUUGUCCUCUGUAUCUCCUGUGUUCUGGGGAAAACACUAGUGGUGUUAAUGGCCAUUAAGGCUACAAUUCCAGGCAGUAAUGUUAUGAAAUGGUUUGGCCGAUUGCCACUUAGACUCAGUGUUCCUGCCUUUACUGUGACACAGAUAUUUCUCUUUGUGUUUUGGUUUUUAAUAUAUUCCCCUUCAUUUAACUUGAGUAUGGACUGUUACCAGGAAAAGUUGACCCCAGAAUAUGAUGUGCUCUCUGCAAUUGGUUUCUGUCCUAGUUUGGAUCACUUGGUGCUCAGCUUUAUUCUGACAUUUCUUGUAUGUAACCUGCCAUUUACUAUGGCCUGCUACUCAGUGUUGAACAUCCAUGCAAUUAUGGGUGUGACAACAAGAAUAUUGAGAUAA